AAUUUCAUUGAGAGGGGCUGUGAGCUUGUGAGGCAGAACUGCAUUUCCCUCCGUGGCCCCUCCAUAAAUUGUUUGCCACCUUGAUAUUCCAUCGUCUCAUCUUGCGUUCGUACGUUUAGCUAGCUGGGCACAGCGUCCGGUCGGUCCAGACAGCCAAACCCAUAUGCAGCACUACGGCUAUGCCGUCCUACUACUACCAUCUAAAGUUUGAGCUCUACGCGACGCCCGAUCCGACGGCAAAGAGCACCAACAGUAACGACUACACCGUUGGCUCAGCUGACGAGAUCUGGGUGCCCGCCCCCGGGUCCAGCAUCUUUGACGACCUACCCUCUCAUCCCCGCACUAGCAGCGGCAGCAAUAACAACAACGGACGACAGGCGGCGGCGGCGACGACGACGAGCAAGCCAAGGGGACGGGACGCCACCGACGGGCGUCACGACUACGCCGACGUCACGGCGAGACAGGCGGCUGCCUUUGCGGGUUCGGCGACAAAGAUCAUCGACUGCGGCGCGCAGAGGGGCAGGGCACACGACGAGGUUGACGACGGUGGAGCAACAGGAGGAGGAGGAGGAGGACGUCGCGGACGGAAUAUAGUGCGGCUAAGCGAAAGGCGGUUCCGCGAGGGGGCGUCGUUGUCGCUGUCGCCGCCGCCCAAGGUCUCGGACGGGAUAGGCCCGGCUACGGCUGUUAGGGACUGGCGGUUUGGGAGGGUCAGGAUUGAGAGCUUCGACCUUGUUCAGGACGGAAACGGGACGAUUUCGCAGAGUGGGGUUACCAUGAGCAAGAUGGCCGGGUCAACGGUGCAGGCUGAGACUGCGGCUACGCCGGCGGCAUCGCUGGGUCCCAAUCUCGGCGGUGUAGGCCUGGCUACCAAGGCGAGAUACGUGCCGUUGGAGACGAAGAAUACCGAGGCCGGUUGGGGGAUUGUACAUCUCUACAGGGAGGGCGAUGAGUCGGAUGCGUUGCGCGGUCUGCCUGAUCCGCAGGAUGGCGACGACGGAAACGGGAACGGUGUGGGCUCGGCUGAUGAGGAGGGCACGAUUCUCUGCAUCCCGGCGGUUCCCAGCUAUAUGUCGCCCAUCGACUUCCUGGGUUUCGUUGGGGAGAAAUGGCGCGGCGAUGUUAGUCAUUACCGGAUGGUCAUGACGAGCAGGAUGAGCCGGUACAUGGUGCUUAUGAAGUUUCGGGAUCGCAAGAGAGCUAGGGAGUGGCGGAAGGAGUUCGACGGGAAACCGUUCGAUAGCGUCGAGACCGAAAUCUGCCACGUUACAUUCAUAAAGUCGAUUACGGUCGAGACACCGAACCAAGGGGGCAGCAUAAGGAAACCCUCGGAGGCCAGCGAUGAGCGGUUCUCUCCAACCUCUCCCGUCGUCAGCUCGCUCAAACCAUUUCCACCGCCUACCCCAAACCUCAUUGAACUUCCAACCUGCGCUGUCUGCCUUGAGCGCAUGGACGACACUACCGGCCUGAUGACUAUACUAUGCCAACAUGUAUUCCACUGCACAUGCCUCCAGACGUGGAAAGGCUCAGGCUGCCCCGUUUGCCGGGCUACGAACCCCAAACCCAGCGCGGACAGCUACGACCCGGAGAAUCCGUACUCGCGACCGUUCGGUUCUGGCGUAUCCAAUAUCUGCAACAAUUGCAAUUGCACCGACGACCUAUGGAUCUGCCUCAUCUGCGGUAAUGUUGGAUGUGGGCGGUACAACGGCGGACACGCCAAGGAGCACUGGAAGCAGACGGCGCACAGCUUCAGUCUCGAGCUCGAGACGCAGCACGUGUGGGACUAUGCGGGGGACAUGUGGGUGCACCGGCUGAUCCGUGACAAGGGCGACGGGAAGGUUGUCGAGCUACCGCGUAACAACAACAACGACCGCCAAGCCGGAGGAGGGAGGGAUGGUGCGGGCCAAGAAGACGUGGUACCCCGUGCCAAACUCGAUCGCAUCGGCAUGGAGUACACGCACCUGUUGACGAGCCAGCUCGAGAGCCAGCGGAUCUAUUUCGAAGAGAUGGUCAACAAGGCGGCGGAUAAAGCUGCCAAGGCUACGGCGGCGGCGGAGUCGGCCUCCGCACAGGCCAGCGAAGCGCUCAAGCAGCUGACUGCACUUCGGGAAGAGCACCGCGUCCUCAAGGAGCGAACUGUUCCUUCUCUGGAGCGGGAGCUGGAGAGGCAAAAGAGUCGCGCGAUCAAGUCUGGGGAACUGGCGAGGAAUUUGGGGAAGGCCUUACAGGAGGAGAAGGAGGUGAGCGCUGGGCUGAUGAAGCGGAUUGACCACCUCAAUGGGGAAGCGGAGAGCGUGAAAAAGACAAUUGAUGAGCUCAGGGCCGAAAAUGAGGAGCUCAAGGAGAUGAACCGCGAUCUGACCAUGUUUAUCAGUGGGCAGGAGAAAUUGAAGGAGAUGGAGAAGGAAGGAAUGAUUGAGCCUGGGGAGCUGGAGGAAGGGUUAGUUGGUGUCCCAGAAGGGAGUUCCAAGAGGAAAGGGAAAGGGAAGGCGAAGAAGUAAGGGGGAUGAACGCAGGAGAUGGCCGUAGGGUCAAGUUGCCGUACCGUACGGAUAAGUAGCGGCUUAGUCAGACAUUGUUCGUGACCGCAUUCUCUUGGGCCACGUACUCAAGCAGUGGAACUGACGAUGUUCAAUUCCCGUCUGCAUUGUAUGAGGUUAUCAGCGAUA